CCGCAAAAUCAGUUCAAAACACAAUCAAGUUGGCCUAUUCCACUUCAAAGCGGGUCCAUGAAACAAAACAAACGGUGGAGAUUUAGUAAAGAAUUACGAAAGUAAACAAAAGGGUUAAGUGGAAGAAUUUUCAAUAUUUCCGUGCCAAUCUUUCUCUCUUAUACACGUAAUAAACCCGCACUCUCUUUUCUCGCACACUCGCAACUCUUCCGCACACACUUUCUCUUCUCCUUCAUCUUCUUGCUCAAUUUCAGUUUCAAUCUCAAUCAUAAGGGGAAAGAAAUUAGAAGGAUUCUCUGGAUUUAUAGGUUGAUGAAGGUGAAAAGAUGCGUCCGAUGCUAGUUGUUGGUUGCUGGAGAUAAGGUACUAUGGGCGGUUGUUGCUGUUGUGCUUCUAAGGAGACUGUGUUGAGUGCUCCACCUGCUUACUAUUAUUAUCCAAGAGCAUCAGAUGAGCAUGUUCCCCUAUCUUCUCAUCAAGGUGCUCCCACUGCUUUCUCUGGAAGGCUCUUGGUUGAUACUAAUCUAGAUACUUCGAGUCCUGAUACUUAUACACCACCUCCUGCUCCUAUCCCUUUCAAUGUGACACUUGAUGCCACUCAGACUGCACCUGUGACUCAAGAAAUUUGCGACAAGAACAAUACAAAUUCUAAUUCAGUUCAAGAACCAUCUGGAGACAAUCACGGAACCUCACCUAAGUCAGAAGAACUGAAAGAAUCAGAAUGCAAAGGUCAGACUGAUUUAGAAUUAGACUCGGCAAAGGAUUCUGAAAUUGAACUUUCAAAGUUGGGUGAGCCUAUAGAUUUAGUAGAAGAAGACGAAGGAUGCCCGAUAUGUUUAGAAGAAUAUGACGAUGAGAAUCCAAAACUCACCACAAAAUGUGAUCAUCACUAUCACCUUGCUUGCAUUCUGGAAUGGAUGGAAAGAAGUGAAACUUGCCCUGUCUGUGCUCAGGCCUUGGUUUUCAGCCCUCCCAUUGAAUAGUCCAUAUCUUUGAUAUCAACACGAGAGGUCAAAUAUACUGUGUGUUAGUUUUUGAUAAGCUGAGGUUACAAAAUCAUACUAGUCUGGCAAACUGAGCAUAUGGCUGUAUUUUGGUUGUUUGGUUUUCUGCAUUUCACUGGGGUUAAUUCCAUUUUUCAUACAUAGUCUCUUGUGUUGAUUUCAGGAAAUUAAUGGAGAGUAGGCUCACGUUGUGUAUAGUUUUUCAACUGAAAUGUUUAGUUGAUAUCAAGAUACUACAUAAGAUGCCUUGCAUAGAUUUUUAUUAGAGACAUGUUAUUGCAAAACAUGACGGUUAAUAUAAUUUUUGGUUCUUUUUUU